CGCGCAACAUUACCACCGCAACAGCGCGAACAAGAGAAGAACCAGACAGUAGCAAGCAGCAGCAGCAGUAGCACACACGUGACGACCAAGACGGAAUGGGUCUUUGUGUGUCGUACGACGCGGCGGCCGACGGCCCGGCGACCGCGAGAGUGGUGCUCCCCAGCGGCGAGCUCCGGGAGUACUCGCCGCCCGCGACGGCGGCGAUUGCGCUGGAGGAGGUGGGCCAGCAGGGGUGGUUCCUCUGCGACGCCGACAGGAUGGGGUUCGAGGGCUCCGUCGCGGCGAUGGCGGCCGGCGAGGAGCUCCAGCCGGGGCAGAUCUACUUCGUCCUCCCCGCAGAGAUGCUGCGCCGCCGCCUCACCGGCGAGGAGGUGGCCUCGCUCGCCGUCAAGGCCAGCGCCGCCCUCGUCAAGGCCGCCACCGCCUCCUCUGCCGGCGGCCGGCGCCGGCGAGGCUCCGUGGCGCCGCUCGUGUUCGCGCCGUCGGAGGAGGACUACUCGAACGAAACCUUGGCGACGUUUGCCGUGAAGCCGGCGGUGCCGCAGAAGCGGAGGGUGGCCUUCCGAGGCGGGAGGUCGCCGCCGAGGUUCUCGCCUGACUUGACGGCCAUCCUGGAGAGCGAGUAGAGCCGCGGAGCGCACGAGACUGCCAGAAAAGAAAAGCAUCUUUGCACAAAGCCCUGCCUCGCCUGGCCGCGAGUGAUGCGUGACCCGGCCGCUAAUGUUGGAUCGAACGGCGGCGACGCGGUAAAUGAUAUGUGGAGUUAGGGCUCUCCCAGCUCCACCGAAUCCACGAUUUCAGCUUCUGGAGCGAGCUCCUCACUUCACCCAGCGAUCAAAAAACGUUCUGGAGGGACGCUGGCUUCUCCCUUCGCUGCAGCCCAGCUGGGAGGCAAAAAGCCUGUUAGGCUCCCCAUUGGGCUGGCUGGAAGCAGCCCAGAUGUGCAGCAGAGUUUUUUUUUCACAGUUGUCAUGCCUUGGGCUAGCUAGGCUGUACGUGGUGAUACACACAUUUGGCGUGUUAAAAAAAAGGAUACACAUAUGGCUGGGCGGGGCUGUACGUGGUGCCUUGGGCUUAUAGCAUGCAAAGUUCUUGUUAAUACAGUAGCUACUGCAGCUACUUUUGCUGUACAGGAACAUGUACAGAGAGAUCACCAUUUGGUACAUGGAGCAACAAAUAUUCGAAAGA